AUGGAUCGUGGAGAAUUGAGUAGAGUGUUCCAAAUGUUCGAUAAGAAUGGAGACGGGAAGAUUGCGAAAAACGAGCUGAAAGACUUCUUUAAAAGCGUGGGAAUCAUGGUCCCUGAAAAUGAAAUCAAUGAGAUGAUAGCAAAGAUGGAUGUGAAUGGAGACGGGGCCAUGGAUAUCGAUGAGUUUGGAUCAUUGUAUCAAGAAAUGGUGGAAGAGAAAGAGGAAGAAGAGGACAUGAGAGAAGCCUUUAGAGUAUUUGAUCAGAAUGGUGAUGGGUUCAUUACAGAUGAAGAGCUGAGGUCGGUGCUCGCGUCAAUGGGGUUGAAGCAAGGGAGAACACUUGAAGAUUGCAAGAAGAUGAUAAGUAAGGUUGAUGUUGAUGGAGAUGGUAUGGUUAAUUUUAAGGAGUUCAAACAAAUGAUGAGAGGUGGUGGAUUUGCUGCUCUUAGCUCCAAUUAA